AUGGUCACCAAACAACUUUCUUUGCAAACAAAGUAUAAUAUUUUACUAAAGAAAAGACCACUCCUAGUCAAGAUUUUGACUGGUUCAGUUUUAUCCAGUUUAAAUGAGUUGAUAUCAACCACAUUGACCAGCAGCAAGGGUAACAAGACUAAUUUCCAAGUCUUGUAUAAAAAAAUUAUAUUAAUGAUGUUUUAUGGUGGCUUAAUCAAUUCUCCUAUAAACCACUAUGGUUAUAAACUGCUAGUUUCUUUUACUAAAAAUUUAAAGGUCAAAAAUAGCAUUCGCAAUUUGAUCCAAUUAUGUUGCUCAUUGACUGUUAUCACCCCCAUCCAGGUUCUCUUAUUAAUUGUUACUCUAACCAUUGUAAAUUUGCCUAUUUUAAACGCUAACAGCGCUCUCGUUUCCAUUAAAUUGUUUAUCAAUGAUUUCAAAAAAAUUCUCGGUCUUUUACAAAAAAAUAUCAAGAGUAAAUUCCCUAAAGUUUAUCUUUCUAGCCUAAUAAGUUCUACUUUGUUUGUCUCCUUUGCUCAGCACUAUUUGCAACCCGAAAAUUGGUCUAUCUUCUUUAGUUUUGCUUACACUGCUUUAAACACUAGUCAGAAUAUUUAUAUUAAAUUAAAACAAAAAGAAGAAAAAGAAUCGGAACAAGAUAAUUUAGCAAAAAAGAACUAA